AUGGAGAUGAAGAUGCGGACUUCGAAGACUAGGAAGACCUCCAUGGCAGGACUGCAUGAGAGAUCAAAUGAGGGCCUCCACUUGACAAGUCCUGGCGAAGCCAAGGACGACACCAUCCAACCUUUAUGGUGGAGCCAUCUACAGAGGCGAUGCCUCAAGUUGAG